AUGCAUCAUUUUAGAGAGACCAAUGGAACUAUUUAUGAUGCAUCAGUGGAGUUUAUUCCAUCUAAUUGCACUAAGGAUCCUAUGUCAAUGCCACGCAUUGGCAUAUAUGUUGCUGUUUCAUGGCACCUUAUCUUAGGUCUAUUUACCAUGCUAACCAAUGGUACCAUCUUGGCUGUGGCAAUAUUUAUGAACAAAAGUAAUCUUCAACCUAGUCAUUUCUUCAUUAUUAAUUUGGCACUGACAGAUUUCUGUGGAGUCUUUUUCUUAACAUUAUUUCACAUCUGGCGCCUCUUGACACCGCAUACUGAUAUUGGAUUAUGUGGUAUUCUCUUCUUGUCUACAUCACUAUUCACAGCAACAUCAGUCUGGAGUAUAGCCGUCAUAAGCCUAGAUCGAUACCGUCUCAUUGUCAAAUACCACACUUAUCGUGAAACGAUGACUCCAAUGCGUUGCAAAAUGGCAAUUGGUUUCGUGUGGGCUGUGUCUUCACUAGUCGGCUUUGUAUCAUUUAUCAUCACUUUCAGUUCUUCACACAUUACAUGUAUUGCUGGUCACCCGAUGUUACAAGUGACAGACCGUCGUUAUGUGUUCGUCCUAUCUGCAGCACUCUACUUUAACAUUGGCUUCCUCCUCCCAACUGUCAUCAUUGUGCAGCAUUACUUUUCAAUUAUGAAAUUCGCAUGGAAACGUGAGAAAAGAUUUGUGUCAACGUUUAAGCGCUCGAGCCUAUCAUUGUUCCAAAAGGACCGCAAUACACGCAGCCUAAUGAUGAGCCUUCGUUAUCUGAAAACUGCGAGAAUACUUUCGCUGUUAGUUCUUUGCUAUGCCAUAUGCUUCUUUCCUUACUUUCUCCAACAAUUCCUUUGGGGACUCCGCGUAUGGAACCCUUGGUGUCCACCAUUACUUUUAGAAGUUAUUACUCGAUCACUUCUAAUCAGCAAUGCUCUCUUUAACCCAUUCUUCUAUGGAUUUCUGGACCGCUACUUUCAACAACAAUGGCAGGAGUAUAUAUGUAAUCAUUUACCAGUAUAUCUUCAAAGAAUCAUGCCUGGUUACUAUUCCUGCUACUCUAGAGAAGUGGCCCAGGACAUGUCUGACUUGUACAAAGAUCAAGAAUCCACAAGUUGUGCGAACUAUCAGUCUAGAAUUUGUAAACAUCCAGAAGAAGAGACAAUUACCGAAAGUUCAAACUGUGGCAGGAUAAACGAGGUUUAUUUUAUGCCUGAUGAUGUAAUGUAG